UAAAACCUGCUCCGGCUGGGUGUCUGUCUGAGAGUGAAGUGUGUUUGGCGUGCUAGCUAGGUGUCGGAGUUUUUACCCGUGUUGUUUGUCUUUUGUUGAGUGUUAUUGUCGUUUUUUUAAACUCCACUCGCCAGCUUUUGCGUUACUUAUUUAGAAACCCAGUACUGUAGUCGAUUUAUGCGAUGUUUUAGAAAAGUUCCCGAAGUACUCUUUGAGGUACCGGUGGACGGCGGACACCACCGGAGAUGGAUAAGCUAACCGAUAGCUGAGUUGUUAGCCGAGAAUCACAGCUCAAGAAUAGGAUUAGACUAGCAUGCUAACAGCUAGCUAAUUUAGCUUUGCUAACCUGUAACGUCAGAACUACUGCCGGUUAUUUCUCGGGCCUGGCUGCUUCCCCGUGAAUAGUUCGUCAGAGGCCAGCUAACCCAGGAAGACGACUCGGUCUUCAUUUAAAGGAAAAAGACAUAAGUGUUGUUGAGAGGUGGCUGUUGUUCGUCUCUCAGCCCAAACCAAGCAUGCUGUCCAACACACAUAACCAGCCACUGUUUCCCAACCCGGCGGGGCAGCAGAACCCGGGCGGGCAGCAGAAUACUACGGGCCAGUUCCUUCCCUUCCACGCAAGACCCUCCUUACAGAUCAAGAAGAAUGCCAUUACAGAUGACUACAAGGUAACCAGCCAGGUGCUGGGGCUGGGCAUCAAUGGCAAGGUGCUUGAAAUCUUCCAGAAGAAGACUGGAGACAAGUAUGCGCUGAAGAUGCUGCAGGAUUGUGCCAAGGCCCGUAGGGAGGUGGAGCUUCACUGGAGGGCGUCACCUUGUGCCAACAUUGUGUGCAUCAUUGAUGUCUAUGAGAACCUCUAUCAGGGCAGGAAGUGUCUGCUUAUUGUCAUGGAGUGCAUGGAUGGUGGGGAGCUUUUUAGUCGAAUCCAGGACAGAGGGGACCAGGCCUUUACAGAGAGAGAGGCAUCUGACAUCAUGAAGAGCAUAGGAGAGGCCAUUCAGUUCCUGCAUGCCAUCAACAUUGCACACAGAGACGUCAAGCCAGAGAAUUUACUGUAUUCCUCGAAGAGGCCCAAUGCCCUGCUCAAACUCACAGAUUUUGGCUUUGCCAAGGAGACCACUUCACACAACUCUUUAGCUACCCCCUGCUACACACCCUACUAUGUUGCUCCAGAGGUUCUGGGUCCAGAGAAAUAUGACAAGUCAUGUGACAUGUGGUCGUUGGGUGUCAUUAUGUAUAUCCUGUUGUGUGGAUACCCUCCUUUUUAUUCUAACCAUGGUCUAGCCAUCUCUCCUGGGAUGAAGAAGAGGAUCAGGAUGGGCCAAUAUGAGUUUCCCAACCCUGAAUGGUCUGAUGUAUCAGAGGAAGCUAAACAACUGAUUAGGACCCUCCUUAAGACUGAGCCGACGCAAAGGAUGACCAUCACAGAGUUCAUGAAUCAUCCAUGGAUCAAUCAAUCGAUGGAGGUUCCCCAGACCCCACUUCACACCAGCCGGGUGCUAAAGGAGGAGAAGGACGCGUGGGAGGAUGUCAAGGAGGAAAUGACCAGUGCCUUGGCAACAAUGAGGGUUGACUAUGAGCAAAUCAAGAUCAAGACCAUCGAGGACUCGACCAAUCCACUGCUAACGAAACGGAGGAAGAAAGCCAGUAACCCCAUGCAGGACCCACAGUCUGCUGCCCACUGAAAGCUGCAUGCAUGCAUGCACAUACAGACACAGGUUGUAAAAAGGAAGCAAUAAUUUGUCGACACGUGAGUCGCGUUGCAUGGAUUUUUUCAGUGUUUUAUUUUUCAUGGCAAAUGUUUUGUAGGAGUGUUUGUUUUUAUUACUCUACCAUUUUAACAAACCCACCACUCUGCUCUGGCAGAGAGGAUGUUGACCUCUGUUUUUACACCAGUGAAGAGAUUAUGAAUUAUAGAAAAGGAGAGAAGAGGGAAUCGGUGAGAUCUCUUUCCUCUCCUUUCUCAAAUAUCAGGUUGUGUACUCAGAGGGGCUUGGAUGUUGAAAUAGGACAUGAAGCCUUAGAAUUAGCAGCAGUAGUUCUCUUUCACCCCACAGCCCUGUUCUAGCUCUAGGCCCCAACCUGUGAAUGUUAAAUCAAAUGGCUAAAUCCCAAAAAUAAAAGCAAGGGAAGGUUUCUUUUACGUACAUGCAAAGUAAGCACAUGUAUUUUGAACUGACAAGUGGAAUGUAAGGACUCUGUCCCUGACUGUUGGAAUUAGCUGGAAAUAGUCACUCAUUUCUGGGACUUUAAGUGGGAGUGUCUGUCAGAUUCAGUUUGUCUUUGUGAAUGUUGAACAGAGGCCUAUGCACUCACAAAGGCCGUGUGCCAUUCUGACAGAGCACCUCACAAAGGCCCCUCUCUCCUACCUUAAUCUACGCUUGUUUUUCAGGUACAUAGUUUAUAGGGCACGGAAGGACGCCACGUUUAAGAACAGAAACUGGCUCAACCUUUCUCCCACAUGUAGCUCAUAGGAGAGUGGGAGCUAACUGAUACUGUAUUUUUUCAUGGAUUUUAUGAACAUAUUAGCAUAGGCCUUACUGAGAGCAGAUUACUUUUAACCGCUACCUACCAUUUGGUUCAGGCUUUUACUAAUGUAAUGCUUCCCAAUUUAUUCCAUUGCCAGAUUAUAUUUCAGGUUAAUGCUAUGCAGAUGUGUUUGUCAGCUUGAAGUACUGCUAGGACCUUUUCAUUAUUGUUGAUUUCGUUUGCAAAUGUGUUGGAGAAAUGUCGAGCAACAAUAGGCAGCGUUUGUGCGUGUCUAUGGAAUACAUAAUUCAGACAGACUGUUGGUUGCACCAGCUCAACUGUCAGGAGGCUCAGUGGGACUAAUCUGGUGCAAUGCCAGUGUUCUCCAACACUUCUCCUCAUAAACUUCCUGUAGCAUUAAUAGGAAGUAGUAAGUACUUUAAGAGCUGCUCCUCAUCCCAGAGCAGAAUCUUUGACAAUACCACCAGCAAGCUGUCAUCACAUGUAGACUGGGUGUGAUUCCCGGUUUCUCUUCUAUGUUCUUGUUAACGCAACCGGACACUUCAGCUCACUUGGGAUCAUGGGAAAUGAUUGUGUUAAUUUUGUCAGUUUGGUCCACUUCAAUUUGUAAAAUCACAUCACAUUACCUGUCACAUUGCACCUACAAUUCUCACUGUAAAAAUGUUCAUUGAAUGUUUGUAUCAGUGUUCCUCCUGUUUUUGUUUUGUUUUUGUUUUCGUCCCUCUCAACACCUUUUUUGUAGUGGAAGCACACAGAAAUGUCUCUUUUUUUUUUUUUUCUCCUGUCAUUAAGUCUGUUCAAUGCUCCCCCUGCCAUACUUUUGUCUGCUUCAGCUUUGGAUUAAAAAAAAACCUAAAACACAAA